CUUGUUGCGUGAACAUUCGUCGAGGUCUAAUAGAGAUACAUAAAAGUACAUAUUGAAACAGGAGACAAUUUCGACAGGGCACUAGGAAACACGCAAUGGGUGGAUCGUCCCCGCAGAUUUUUGGGGUUUUGGCUGCUCUCUUUGCAGUCCUCCUGCUUGUGUUUACAAACAUUGGAACUACAUUCACAAGCACGUUUUUACCAAAGUUGUUUCUCGUCGAAGCUAGUUCAUCCUCUACUGGCAAGUCAAUCAGAUAUGGUGUAUAUAAUUCUUGCUUAUUCCAAGGAGAUUCCCUCCAAAGCUGCACGAAGGCUGCUAUUGGCUACAGCUAUGAUUUGUCGCAACUUGGAGAAGCUUUCAACGUCACCACCCUUCCAUUCUCGAUUCCCAGUACGCAAGCCAAAUUGCAUCAAGCGGCUGGAAUUUUGAUCUUUCUUGCCGCCAUUCUAGCCUUUGUCUCGCUGCUAGGCGGCGCUGCUAUUCGACAUUGGCAACGCCAUAACUUUCCUCGCGCUAUUGGAGCCGCCUCCGCAUUAGCCGCUCUGGUAGCUGCGUGCAUCGGUAUCGCAUUGACCAUAUAUUCAUAUUGGACUUCUUUUGCCAUAGCUCAGCAAGUUAUCAGCGAUCUCUCAUUCAAGUGGGGUCCAAGUAUUGGAACAUUGGCUGCUUCUGCUUUUUGUCUGAUCAUAACCACGAUUGGGUAUAUAGCAAGCUGCUUCAGUAGACAUAGCAAAUCUAGAGAUUCAUAUCAAUUAUAUGACUACGAAUUUGGCCAUGGAAAUGACCACUAUUAUUAGCAUGCAUUAUUUAGAUCCUGUUAUGUGUAUCAUAGUUAUUAUCUGCUGGCAAGACCAUUGCAAAAAUGGUAAAAUAACACUAAUAAAUUUCAAGUCAGGUAACGUAAUUAGAAG